AUGUUUUGGAUCUUGGUGGCUUUGACGCUGUACGCAGAACUACUGGCCUCUCCGGCCUCCAGUCCAGCACAGGUGUCUGGACUUUUGGGGGACUCGGUGCAGCUGAGGGCCACUAUCCCUCCCAACUUCUACGUGCGGGAAGCCUUCUGGAAGGUCGUGAUCCCCGUGCACGAGAUGGUGGCUUCCUCCUUCAAGGGGACAUCCUCUACCCUCUACCAGUCCCGCUUCUACGGAAGGUGCCGGCUGUACAGUAACUUCACCUUGGAGGUCGGCCCGCUGGGCCUGGAGGACGCGGGGACCUUCUUGGUGCUGCUGGUCAACGCGACGGGCGAGAUGAAGGAGCAGGUCUUCCACCUGGCGGUUCACGAAGCGGCUUCCGUGCCAGCCAUCCAGGUGUUUGCGGAAGAGAGAGGCCCGAAUGUUUCUGCCGGCUCUUGCAUGCUCUUCCUGACCUGCAGCGUAUCCGGCGGCUCCAACAUCAGCUACAGCUGGACAAGGCCGGGGGGCAAAGACCCGGCCAGGAAGGAGCACGUGCUCUUUCAAAACGGCCAAGUGUUGUGGCUGACAGUGGAUGUCCAAGAAGAGAAGCAAGAACUGUAUACCUGCACGGCCGCCAACGCCGUUAGCAAAGAAUCGGCUACUGUAGACGUGCAGAAAUUCUGCUCGAAACGGCCAGCCAACAAGGGAUUCCCGUACGAUUACAGGGACGCCCUGCUCAUUAUUGUCCCCUUCACCUCGCUCUUCAUCGCAGGAAUGUGUGUGUUCUUAUGCUCCAGACGGUCUUCGGGCGCGCACACGAACCACCUUUCUCGGAACUGGUCCUUCUGGGUCGGCCGACUUGGCCACGGCUAUCCGUGCGUCUCGGCUGCUCCUUCGUUAGACUACCGCAGAGCAGUGGAGGUGGGACCCCCCCCUUGA